AUGGCGCUCGGCGAGGUGGCGGACGUCGGCGUGCGCCGGCGCGGGUGCUGCGGCGGCGACGUGUUCCCGGAGCCGUCCUUCGCGAGCUGGGGCGCGUACGGGCGCGCGCUGCUGGAGACCGGGCCGAGGCUCAAGGACCGGCUCACGGCGCGGUCCCACGCCGACGUGGAGGUGCACGACCUGCGCGGCCGCAGCGGCGCCGAGAUGCGCCGCGAGCUCAACUGGUGGGACUUGGCGUGGUUCGGCGUCGGCGCGGUGAUCGGGGCCGGCAUCUUCGUGCUCACGGGGCAGGAGGCCAAGGAGGCGGCCGGGCCGGCCGUGGUGCUCUCGUACGCCGUGUCUGGUGUCUCGGCCAUGCUGUCGGUGUUCUGUUACACCGAGUUCGCCAUCGAGAUCCCCGUCGCAGGUGGUUCGUUCGCGUACCUACGUGUGGAGCUGGGCGACUUCAUGGCGUUCGUCGCGGCCGGCAACAUCCUGCUCGAGUACUGCAUCGGCGGCGCCGCCGUGGCUCGGGCCUGGACGUCCUACUUCGCGACGCUCCUGAACCACCACCCGAACGACUUCCGCAUCCACGCCACCUCCCUCGCCGAGGACUACUCACGGCUCGACCCGAUCGCCGUCGUGGUCAUCACGCUCAUCUGCAUCUUCGCCGUGAUCAGCACCAAGGGCUCCUCCCGCUUCAACUACGUGCUCUCCAUCGUCCACUUCGCCGUCAUCAUCUUCAUCAUCGGCGCCGGCCUCUCCAAGGCGAAGCUCUCCAACCUCACCGACGACUUCGCGCCCUUCGGCGCUCACGGCAUCUUCGCCGCCUCCGCGGUGCUCUUCUUCGCCUACAUCGGCUUCGACGCCGUCAGCACCAUGGCCGAGGAGACCAAGAACCCCGCAAAGGACAUCCCCAUCGGGCUCGUCAGCGCCAUGGCGGUGACAACUGUGGUGUACUGCAUUCUCGCCGUCACGCUCUGCCUCAUGCAGCCGUACCAGGACAUCGACGCCGACGCGCCCUUCUCCGUGGCGUUCACGGCCGUCGGCAUGGACUGGGCCAAGUACAUCGUCGCCUUCGGCGCGCUCAAGGGGAUGACCACCGUGCUGCUCGUCAACUCCGUGGGCCAGGCCAGGUACCUCACCCACAUCGCGCGGGCGCACAUGGCGCCGCCGUGCCUCGCUGUGGUCUCGCCGCGCUGGGGCACGCCCGUGCGCGCCACCGUCGCCAUGCUCAGUGCCACGGCCUGCAUCGCCUUCUUCACCGAUCUCGGCAUCCUCUCCAACCUGCUAUCCAUCUCCACGCUCUUCAUCUUCAUGCUCGUCGCCGUCGCGCUGCUCGUCCGCCGCUACUACGUCACCGGCGAGACCACCAACUCCAACCGCACCAAACUAGUCUCUUGCCUCGUCGUGAUCCUCGUCUCGUCGAUCGCGACGGCUUCAUACUGGGGCCUUGCGGCGGGCGGCGGGUGGGUUGUCUAUGCGGUGACGGUGCUGGCGUGGUUCGCGGCGACGCUGUACCUGCAGCUAGCGGUGCCCAAGGCGAGGGUGCCGGAGAAGUGGGGCGUGCCGCUGGUGCCGUGGCUGCCUUCGGCGUCCAUCUUCAUCAACAUCUUCCUGCUCGGGUCCAUCGACGGCAAGUCGUUCAUGAGGUUCACGAUAUGGACGGCGGCGCUGCUCGCGUACUACUUCUUCGUCGGCCUCCACGCCUCUUAUGACACCGCCAAGGCGCUCGCUGCCGAGGCCGCCGUUGCAAAGGUGGAGGAAGGCGGUCGCAAGAACGUCACCGCCGAAGCCGGAAAUUAA